AUGCAGAAAAGUAACCUCUCAGAGGUAACAGAGUUUGUUUUCUUAGGAUUCUCCAGCUUUUAUGAACACCAGAUCAUCCUCUUUGUAGUUUUCCUCAUUUUGUAUGUAUUAACAUUAGCUGGCAAUGCCAUAAUUGUGACAAUCAUCCGCAUUGACCAUCACCUCCACACUCCCAUGUACUUCUUCUUGAGCAUGCUGGCCAGUUCGGAGACUGUGUACACACUGGUCAUCAUUCCGCGGAUGCUCUCCAGUCUCUUAGCCCAGAACCAGCCAAUCUCCCUGGUAGGCUGUACCACUCAAAUGUUCUUCUUUGUCACCUUGGCCAUCAACAACUGUUUUCUGCUAACAGUGAUGGGCUAUGAUCGCUAUGUGGCCAUCUGCAACCCCCUGAGAUAUACAGUUAUCAUGAACAAGAAGGUGUGUGUCCAGCUGAUGGGUGGAGCCUUUGGUAUUGGUCUGGUCAUGGCAGCUGUCCAGGUAACAUCCAUAUUUACCUUACCUUUUUGUCAUAGAGUGGUUGAGCAUUUCUUCUGUGAUAUCCUCCCUGUCAUGAAACUCUCUUGUAUUGACACCACAAUCAAUGAGAUAAUCAACUUUGUUGUCAGUUUAUUUGUGAUCCUGGUUCCCAUGGGCCUGGUCUUCAUCUCCUAUGUCCUCAUUAUCUCUACAAUACUCAAGAUUACCUCAGCUGAGGGACGGAAGAAGGCCUUUGCCACCUGUGCGUCACAUCUCACUGUGGUCAUUGUCCACUAUGGCUGUGCCUCCAUUGCCUACCUCAAGCCCAAGUCAGAAAACUCUGUAGAACAAGACCUUCUUCUCUCAGUUGCCUACACAAUCAUCACACCCCUGCUAAACCCUGUUGUUUACAGCCUGAGGAACAAAGAAGUCAAGGAUGCCCUACGCAGAGUUGUAGGCAGAAAUAUUUCUUAA